AGAAAUGCACUAUAAAUUUUGAGUUGUAUCCACAUAAGUUGUACCAUACAUACUUAUUAAAAUAUCGUGAGAAUAAGUAGCAUAACAUUUCUCUUCCCUUUAGCAUGGAGAAGCAGAAGCCAUACAUUGCAGUGGUAGUGUUACAAUGCAGCUAUGCAGGCAUGAUUCUCCUCUCAAAGGCAGCUAUGUCCUCAGGGAUGAAGCCUUCCGUCUUCGUCGCCUAUCGACAAGCCUUUGCCUUCUUCGCUUUGCUCCCCUUCGCCUUUUUCUUCACCAGCAAUGGUGGUUCUCCUAUUUCAUGGACUGGAUUCUGCAAAAUUUUCUUUGUUUCUUCAUAUGGGUUAGCAUUGAGUUUCAAUUUGAAUUUAGAAGGAUUAAAGUAUAUUUCCGCAACAUUUGGCACGGCGAUACUUAGCAUUGUUCCAGCUUUGGUGUUCAUCAUGGCCGUUUGUUUAAGGAUCGAAAAGCUGAGUAUAACGAAAUGGCAUGGAUUAGCCAAAGUAUUGGGCGCCAUUUUAGGCAUCUCCGGCACCAUGGCCUUCACCUUCUUCAAGGGCCCACCUCUCUACUCUCAAUCCGCCCACCACCUGUUCGACGAAAAGCCUCACUCAAACCACGAUUGGAUCAAAGGCGCUCUCCUCGCCAUCGCCGGCCAACUCUUCUACGCUAUGUGGAUCACUAUGCAGGCUCCUCUCCUCAACCAAUUUCCAGGCAAACUGCGCCUCACCAUUCUGCAAUGCGGCUUCAGCUGCCUCUCGUCUACGCUCUACGCUGCCGCCGUGGAGAGGCAUCCUUCCUCCUGGAAGCUUCGAUGGGAUGUUGAUCUCUUAUCCGUCGCCUAUUGCGGUGUGAUAGUGACAGGGCUGAGUUAUUGGCUGCAAGCUUGGGUUAUCGAGAAGAAAGGGCCGGUUUUCAGCGCCAUUUUCGGGCCGUUUGGCGCUCGUCAUAGCAGCCAUCUUCUCCGCUCUUUUCCUCAACGAAACACUUCACUGGGGAAGUGUUUUGGGGUGGUGGAUUGCUGGUGGGUGGGCUAUACAGUUUCUUGUGGGGUAGAAACAGAGAGGCCCAUAUCCAAGCCCAAAAACUUUUGGAUAAUCAAGCCCAUCUUGAGACCCCAGCCUGUGGAUGAAGAGCAAGGGCAAGACACACAAAAGAGAUGA